GGUCAAGAUCAGGGGCACACCAACGCCUGAUCAGACACCAGACGCGAGGUUUCACGAUCGGCAAUGCUCUACGACCUUCUUCUCCCUCUCGUACUUCUCCCCUUCUUCUUGUUUUCCCUCCCUUCACCGUAGUCUCUCCUUUGCAAGCCAUUCAUUCCUCAUCACCAGCUCCAUCACAGCCUUUACAGCUCCUACAACACCAUAGCGGUAACCGUUGUGCCAUGACCAACUCGACACCACCAACAGAACCGCGCUCACCCGCAAAAUGUUUCAGCUGCGGAUCCGAUGCCCAUCGUAACCACGACCUCGAAGAGCAAAUAGCCUACCUGAGCGACAAGGUGACGAUAGCAAACGCGAAGAUCCACGCCUACGAGUCCGAGUUACGACUCCUACGCCCACCAAUUUCCCCGUCCUUCGCGCCGCCAGAACCCGGGCCGAGGUCGCCAUCCCCCGCGAACCGCAUCAGUGCGUUCCUGUUUCCGACGACGGCGCUGAGAAGGAGCGUUCCCCCGUCGCCGCCACCAGAUAUCUUGCCUACCAACGCAUCGCCGGCUUCCGAGUUGGCGAAGGAGCGCCGCCUGAGGAUUAAGGCCGAAGAGCAGCUGCAGCAGGUCACCGCCGAGCUCGAAGAUCUCAGUGCGAGCUUGUUCCAGAGCGCCAACGAAAUGGUGGCCGAGGAGCGCAGGGCUAGGAGCAAACUUGAGGAACGGGUGGCAACGCUGGAGAAGAGGGACAAUGACAAGAGGGAGCGGUUAGGAGUGCUGGAGAGGGCGGUCGAUAGGAUCUCGAGGGUUAGGGAGAUUCUGACGGGUGGGGGUAGCGGGGACAAAGAGAAGGACAAGUAAGCUGCGGAGCGAGGGGAGAGGAAUUGGGGCUGGUUUGAGGAGCUGAGGCUGGUUUGGGGCGUUUCGUGUUCCUUGUGGGGUUUGGAGUUCUGGUGCGAGGUUCUUUUUUCCUUCGACUCUUUUUUCUUGGGGGUUCCUUUCUCUAGCGGUCCGGUUGGUUUGUUGCGUGCUGAUUGAUGAUAAUGAGUUGCAUGGCCGGAAGCCGUGGAGGAGUUUGUUCUUUCGACCUGGUGUUGGCUUGUUUGUUCUAUUUCCCGCCGCUUACUCUUCAUUGAUGGCAUGUAACUUAUAUACCUAGCUCAGCAUACGCAUGGAUGCUGGCGGGCAUGGCAGUCUUUUCUUCAUCUUCUUUUCUUUUCUUUGCUUCUAGGCAUAACUACUAGUACUCCAGACCACGAUUAAGGAUUUGUCAAGUCAAACUGCC